UAUUAUUUUAUGCGGUUACGCAAUUGUAUGCUCCUAUGUAUUACUUAGAAACAUGCUGCUUAUGUUACUAGCAACAUGUUGCCAAGAAUAUGCAAAAUGUAGGCAAUUACAUAUCCCAAAGCAAUCACCAAACUUCAGAGGCAGCUAUUAUUUACUUUAUAAAUAUGUGUUAAAUGUUAUAGAUUUCUUAAAAAAUAUCGCUUAAAAUUCAACGUUUAAAAAUCUAAAAUAAAAGUAGACAAACGACAUCCUUGAAAUCAUGUAUUAAAAGAAGUGAAUAAAUUAAAAAAUUACUGAAAAAAAUAUGUACAUAAAUUCUAGAAAAAUACUAAAAAAUAUAUCAGCUCCAAGGAAAUUCUUCCUCACAUAUAAAGUCGCAAAAUGGAAACAAUGCAACUAAGCCCUUAUGGCUAGCAAUGGUUGUUGCCUAAUCCAGGGUGAAGGUUUUUGACAUAACCACCGAAUAACAAAUCAGAGAUUGAAAAAGGAAAAACCUUGUGUAAAAUUAUAUUCAGCGUGGCUAGGUUUGGUGAUGGAAAGACCAGAGCUUUACAGAAAUAACUUGUGAGGAACGCAUUUGCAUAUCUCUGUGUAACUAACUUACUGGUAAAUAUACAAUCAGACUGCGGUAGUGCUCCCUGCAGAGAACAGAGGCUGCGAUGCGACAUAAGACGAAUAGAAUUGAGCAUCUGGGUGAAUAUUUUCUUGAAGCCUUACGAAGAGCACCUCUUAAGAUAAAGAUACCAAAUGGCUCGAAAAAUAUUGGAACUGUUAUGAGUUUUAGAGAUAUGGGAAUUUUGUCUCAGCAUAAUGUUUUAGUAGCCACUUGUCACACAGAUAUGCAUUUUCCCUGCAACCAGAUAAUUUUCAAAUUGAUUAAUUAAUUACAAAUUCUAAUACAACCUUUUAAUUGAAUUUUAAAUGGCUACCAAAAUAUUGUCAACAAGCAGCAACAUUACAUCCGUGAUUUAGCAAAGAAAAAAUUUAAAUGAAAAUUUGGAAUUUACACUUUUAAGGCGCCAACUCAUUGUGAAACAUGCACGAAAACUUAAAAAUGCAUUGUAAAUGUAAAAAAUCCAAAGGUAGAACCCACAUACUUGGGUAUUAAAAUUAAAAAAAAUAUUAAUAAUUAUAAAAUCACAGUGCAAGCGAAAACGAUAUGACGAUGGCCAUAAAAGCGCAAGUCGCUCACAAAUUAACAACACAGCAGAACGUGGCACAAUUUAUGAUCAUGAAACUGUGUCGUGCUAUCAUUACCAACUCACUUAUACAUACUCCUAUGUAUAUUGGCUUGCAAAACAUACAUAUAUGUAGAUAGAUUUAUACCGAGCAAAAUUAAAAAUAUCCUAAACAACAACCAAUUAUAGACACUGCACUUCAAUUCGUAAGGGUUUGGCCAUGCCGCUUGUUGGGUAGACGGCGCUUGAUUAAAAAUAGUAAUAGCAAUAACAACAAUGGCGAAAUAAGACAACGAACAAAAUGCAGAAAUAGCUGCAAACGAAUUAAUAUGCAAUAAAGUCACCUAACCUGCUUCCGCUUUCUCCUUAUUACGACGUGCCUUUGAAUUAGCUCAAGAGUGUGAGAGCGAAAGUGUAAAAAUAAUAAAGAAAUCCUUACAGCUUAUAACACAUUAAGUGCAAGCAUUAGUAAGAAUAGAGAAAAAGGCAGCAAUAUGUCGGCGAGGGGUAGUAUGCAAACGAUACAAACAAACGUGUUUGUAUAGGUGUCUACUUAUACACUGAGUGGCGUAUAGCUUGCCAAGUGCAUAAGCGCCUUCCACAACAGAUUUGAAAUUGUGUGCACACAAGUGGCCCAAGUGGUGACCAUACGGCGUAUGCUGCAACAAAUAAUAUAGCUUGCAGAGCUUUUAGCGGUCUCGUGAGAGCUUUUUGCCACCCCAAAGCAGUUGGUGGCGCAUACCAGACACCCCACCGGCAAAAUGAUAAGAACAAAUGCAUUGCACUCAUUCACUCACUCAUAACUUGUACUCAUUGCACGUGUGGUGAGAGUGUUUGAGUUACUUCCUUGUUGCCUUAGUGCAGUACACUUUGGCAUCUGAGUGCAAGAGUGCUCAGAAGCUUUUGUAAUUGUUUUGUGUUUGUAUGUGAGGGGCGCUAGAAAAAUGGGUCAGUAGUGGAUGUGCAUGGAAAUUGUAACUGCAAUUGCACUUGCUUUUGUAAACAGCAACACUUUGAGUUUCCGCAUAUGCACGCACACAAACGCAGCUAUGGAGAGCGUUGCGACAGCGAAGUACUUAGCUCAAAAGAAAUUAACAUGAGGAAAUUGGUAUUUGACAACAAAAAAAAUUAGUGUAUAAACAAAGAUAAUACUAUUCAUUUUAACAGUUGAAUAUCCUUGAGUUGUUGGUGUACUACAAAUGCGAUAUUUUGUUGUUCCUGCUGUUCCACAGCACAGUUAAAAAUUUUGCUCAAUUUGACAGCUCGGCAACUGCUCGCAGUCAGAUGCUCGACCACUCGACCGCUCUAUAGUACGGCUAGGUCCCACUCAUCGCCUACAUACAUACUUUAGUGCAUUUUUGAAUGCAGACUCGCCCGUCAACGCCGAGCUGCAAAAGCGCAUUAUGCAUAAUUUUAUUUGUAGUAAACAUUAAUAUGAUUUUGUUCUUUUCAAUGGUACAUAAGUGAAGAAAAAAGUAUUUUUGAAUCCAAAAAUUUUCUUAACAAAAUAUUUUUUUAUAUAACAGUUAUUAGCUUAAGCUAUUAUUAGCUAAAGUGAGGAAGAAAAAAUGCAGCAAAGCUGAAAAGGUCGAAGCGAUAACACAUCAAUAAAAAUAAUUUGAUUAACUGUGAAACCAAGCAACACAAAGUGUUAAAAUUUAGCUGCAUAAAUGUGCACGAAGAUAAAGUUCGCUACAAAAACUACAUAUAGAGUACAAAAUGUCCGAAAAUAUAUACGGUAGCCCUUAAGAAUAUAAAUAAACUUUAAACGUGUAAUAUAUUCAGGCGAACAUUAUGAGCACAAUCAUCUUACGUUUAAAAUAAAAGUGAAAUGGCUUUCAGUCGCAACCUUGAAACAAAGCGAAUGAAAAAAAGUGCAGGCGGCAAAAACGGCGAAUGCAAAUCAAAAGAAAAUUGAAAAUUUAAAGAAUACGGCAGAAAAAGAAAAAAAAUUUAUAUAUAUAUUUAUUUACUACAAACGAAAUGAGAAAAUCUAAUUGAAAACUUUAAUUGAGUGGAAAUUGAGUGCAACUGCAAAGGCAAAAAUUUAAGAAAUAAGAUUUUAAUAUAAGUCAUAGCGAAAUCGAGAACAAAAAGCAACAGCCGUCGGCAAAGGCAAAUGAAAACGAUAAAAGUCAAAAGUCAAUUCCUCGACUUCUCGUGUCACAUGAAAGUGAAAAUUUUGCCUUUUGCAAGUGUAUAAAACUAAAAAAAAAAAAAUAAAAAAACUAUAUAUAUUUUGUACUAAAUAUAUUUUGUACGACAAAAAAUAUAAAUGAAUAAUAGAAUUAGCAAAUUGACUAAUAAAAAAACGGGAAAUAGUGAGCAACAAUCUCUAGCAGAAAACAAAUUCACGUCUGUAUAAAUGAAUGAUGUUACUCAUACGUCGUGUAGUAUGCCAUACGUACUAGCAAGAGACUGAAAUACUAUCCAUAAGGGAAUUUCCAAUGCACUGAAUCGUUUAUUCGUUGACUAUCGAACUGCAAAAGUAAAUCAAAUCACACACUUGUCAACAUCAGAAGUACGAAAGAGAAGGAAGUAACUACACACGCGCAAUUUAUAUCACACAAGUUUUUACAUAACUUUAUAAAAACACAUCACAAAUCAAUCAACUAAACAUAGCGAAUAUGCAAGUUACGCCACAGUCUAUACAACCCAGCUUGAAACAUUGCACUAGCAACAGCAACAGUAGUAGCAUCAAUAGCCAAAGUAGCAACCACAUCAACACUAACAACAUGAACUCCACCGUCAACACACAACAACAACAGCAACAGCCAGCCAACAACUGCACAAUGUUCACAGCGCCGACGACGACGCCAUUAUCGUCUACGCUAGCGCAUAGAAUACAAAGUCCUAAGUUACUGCCACCGCCCACCGCCUCGACGACAUCAACCACUGGUGCAGCCACAGCGGCGUGCGCGCGUAGCCCGUCGCCGGAUGGUACGCAGGACUACGAUGUGACGCGAAUGCGUGAGGAGGACUUUGAACGGCUGGCCGUUUACAUAGUGCCCGACGUACAGUGCGAGCGUGGCGUACUGAAUCGGGCGGAUCGCACGCUGCCACGCAGCCUAGCACUAAAACCGUCAAUGGUUUUCUCAACGCCAAAUGUUAAGACUGAAGGAGUUUGGAGCACUGGUGUCAUACCGCGCGGCACACGUUUUGGCCCCUUUGAAGGCGUUCCAACUCCAAAUUAUCCCAACGAUACAAAUAAGGCGCGCUAUUUUUGGCGGAUCUUCAAAGAUGAUGACUUUUACUACCUGGAUGGGUCGGACCGCGCGCAAGCAAACUGGAUGCGUUACGUUGCCUCUGCAUACAGCUUGUGCGUAAUGAAUUUGGUGGCAUGCCAACAUCAGGAAAACAUCUACUUUUACACAACGCGUGACAUUAUGCCCAAUGAAGAGUUAAUGGUGUGGUAUUGCAAGGAUUUCGCACGACGGCUUGGUUACGACGUAGACCCAGAGCGUACGAUUUUUGGCGCUUGUAAGCAGUCUGUUGACGAAGAUGAUGAUGCCGAAGCAGAUGGAGAAGAAGAAGAUGGUUCAGCACUUCCACCAGGUUCUACGUUAUUGCAAGGGCACAAGGCAAAGAUGAGAUCGAAUUCGCCAUAUUGUAUGCCCGCCCCAGAAAUACCUCCAGAAGUUGCGUACAAUCAUAUCACCUACGUUAUGGGUCUGCCGAUUCCGCCUUUGCCUGCUGUCACGUGUAACGCACCUGGUGUAGGUAAUCGGGGGUCCAUCACUCCUAGUCCCUCGCCUCCCAUCUGCCGGGACAAUACCGCUGGUCAAACGCAACACUUGACUGGCCUGCCACAUAUUCACCACGCCCAAUCCUCACAGCAACAGCCUGCCUCAAAACAGCAGAGUACGCAUCAAUUACCACAGCAUGCCCAGCUGCCGUCACACCUGCAACACUAUCAACACAUUCAACAGCACCAAACCGUCUUACACCUUAAACAGGAGCCUGGUUCUUCAGUAAUUGUGCGAGACCGUUCGCCGGCGAAUAGCGAGUGUGGCAUUAAGGACGUUAAAGAGGUUGUUGGUUCUCCAAUUCAGCAUAAAGAUCCUCAAUAUGAACAUCAACUGACGCCAAACGACGGCAGUGUGCGCUCAGUGCGUUCGGAUGAAGGUUAUCAUAGCAACGAAUAUCAUGAAGAUGGUCUAACGCCUCCCGAGGACUCCAGUGACAGUGAGAGCGAAAAUAAUUACGUAUUGGAUUGUUCAAAGAAAGCCAUUGCCCCAAAGGAAACUGUUAUAACGCAUCCGCAGAAGGCGGCUGUUGCUGCGGCACUUGCUGCAGCCACAGCUGCUGCUAACAACAAUAACAAUACGGGCAGCAGCAACACAACUGCUCCGGUGGUAACACCCGCGGUGGUCUCGCCUGCAGUUACCAUGGAUUGCGAUGACAAAAAUGAGUAUCGCAAGUUCAAGGUGAAAAUGCCGCUCAAAUAUGAGUUCAAAAAUAGUAAAUUAGCCAUUAAGACUGAGGCCGUGUGCCACCUCAAUAAUGCAAGCAACACCAAACCAACGAACAGUGACGCACUACCUAUAGAGGGCGCUACCUCUAGCGAAGAUGAUCUGCUUUCUGCCAACGAGGCUAUACCAACUUGCACCUCCUCAACACAACUGGACGACGAGACGAUGGAAGUGGAUCAAUCGCCAGGCUCAACCACGCAACAACGUGCAUCAAGCACAGUCAUUGUGGUAGACCAUGCGCUCUCCAGCGCAAGCAGCCAUUCGGGGCGCAGUAUUGUGCCAAUCAAAAAGGCAUACUAUGAAGCCGAAACGAGUUCACCGCCACCCACAGCUACACAUUCUGCCGCUGCGGCAGCAGCUACCGUCGCGUAUAUGCGAUUUACACCUCCCUCCUCGAGUAUACUCGAGACUAUACUUACGGGCCAACACCGACUCGAAGCUGCAGCCGCAGCGGCAGCAGCUUGUCGCCAAGCUAAUGCAGCCACUCCACCACCCUCGUCUCCCACAGAAAUGGCAUACUCGUACAAGAAAUCGCAUCGCUAUGGCAAUGCUGUUAGUCCCGAUUCUAGCUCAAACCUAGCACAAGCCCCCGAUAUACAUGCCUCGUCCAUACACGAAACCGAAUUGUUAAUUGCAUCAUCACGCGGCAGCAUUAAGGGCGAAUGUUCACCACCUCCACCACCAGGCCAUCAUGUGAUAUACUCUCCUGCGCACGGAGCACACAGCGCCUACAUGUCAGAUGACCAUCAAACUCCUCCCUACUCGGCGUACUCACCUUAUUCCAGCGGCAGUGUAAAUGGUGGUAUACCGGGUGUGGGGCACCCCCUGUCACAUGUGCCCACAUCCACCUUCCACUCACCCCCGCACAGUUCGCACUCCCCUUUCGACCGUCAUUCGAAUGCGUCCAAUGGGUCCACACCUAACCUACACCUACUACAGUCCAACUCUAAGAUGUUAAUGCAACCACUACGCAUCUCCCCGCCCCAUAGCUUGAGCCCGGAUGGAAAUUCAUGUCCGCGCAGUGGCAGCCCACUCAGCCCAAACUCGUUGGGUUCACGGGGCUAUCGCUCGCUGCCAUAUCCGUUGAAGAAGAAAGAUGGAAAAAUGCAUUACGAAUGUAAUGUAUGUUGUAAAACUUUUGGUCAGCUUAGCAAUCUUAAGGUUCAUCUGCGUACGCAUUCCGGCGAGCGACCGUUCAAAUGUAAUGUCUGCACGAAGAGCUUCACACAACUCGCGCAUUUACAGAAACAUCAUUUGGUGCACACUGGCGAAAAGCCACAUCAAUGCGACAUCUGCAAAAAGCGAUUCUCCUCGACAUCUAAUUUGAAGACCCACCUGCGCCUACACAGCGGCCAAAAACCAUACGCGUGUGACCUAUGCCCGCAGAAAUUCACCCAGUUCGUUCAUCUAAAGCUGCACAAACGUUUACACACUAACGAUAGGCCAUACGUAUGCCAAGGCUGUGACAAAAAGUACAUUAGUGCCUCGGGUCUGCGUACACACUGGAAGACGACGAGCUGCAAGCCCAAUGAUCUGGAGGAAGAACUAGCGAUGGCUGCAGCGGCGACAUCAGAAUGUUUGGAUAAAGAUCUGCCAGAGCCCGAUUCUCGCGAGGCCUUUGAGCACAUGCAGCAACAAAUACAUCCGCAUCUGCGACACAUGUCCGCCGGCGGUAGUUCGAGUAGUACCGGUGCCGCCCACCCAUCACCGCCACGUCUUAUUUCCAUCAAUCCUCACCACCAGCACCAGCACCAGCCACAACAACAACAAACACAUGCACAUCUGCAACAGCAGCACGCUGCCAUGCUCCAACAACAUGCCGCGUCACAACAACAUUUAUCAGCAGCGCCUUCAAACUCUGCCGCCGCCAGCAUGAUAAUCAGCACAACAGGGAACCAACAGCAACAUCACGGCCACCAACAACAACACCUACACCAACAGCAACUGCUCCAGCAUCAGCAAUCACACCCGCUAAAGUUUGCUGUCAAACAACAAAUGCAUUUGCUACCUCCCGGCACAGCCAGUAAUAGUUCGAGUGCAGCGUCGGCCACAGCAGGUGGCACAAAUGACACUUACAUGGGUGUUUCGCAUGCUCAAGCGGCCGCAGCAGCAGCACACGCAGCAGCGGCGGCGGCACAUGCCGCAGCAGCACACCAACAUGCACAAAAUCAAGAAAGUCGACCGUCGGUGAUCGAGUCGAGCCAGCCCAUGAUAAUCGAGUGCACGUAGAACGGUGAGCGUGAAUAGAGAUGGGACAGAGAAAAUUGAAUUAAGCUGGGAAAGUUACGGUUGAAGUGUAUAGAGCAGAUCGAGUUCGUAGCUGAGCUGAACUGACUUCAACAGUCACUCCUAUUUCGCUCUACAUAUAGAGCUGCCCCAGACAUGGCAACUCUGAGCUGGAGUACCAUGUACCCACAAACCGAAGAAAAAGAAUAGUGCAAUAUGAAAAUGUGAAAGCUCAUUUCGAACACUUUUGAUGAUGACGGCGCUUUAAAUUCAAAAUUGUCGAAACUGAGUUGUUUACAUACUCACUGAGCUAAAAAAUAAUGGUAUUACUAAUUUAAUAGUCGACUUCAUUUUAUAAUUAGUAAAUUUAAUGAUUGGAUAUAUGUACAUACAUGCAACUAGUUAAAAUAUACAUUUAUUGCUACAAAAUCAAUACAAAAACAAUCACACAACUACUCACUUUAACCAUUUGAAUAAGAGCCUUGAUGGGCAAGUGAUGAUUUGUAGUGCGACAUACAAAACAAAAUUUUUCAUUUCUUGAAAAGAUCUCAAAAUUGGCAGCCAAUUAAUUUGCAGAACAUUUAUUUUUGAUAAACAUACAAAUUUAACACAAUUCUUUAUGUGAGCCAAGGGUGGCGUAGAACCGCGAGUUUUAUACGUGGAAAUUAUGCAUCUAGUAGUAGUUAUGUAAUUUAGUUGUAAUUACAAAUAGCAGUAAGACAUGCAAAACUAAGUCCUGUUAAGUCUUUAAACCAUAUUUGUCUCUUUGGCUAAAUUUAAUUGCAAAAUGCAUUUAAAAUCAGCAUUGUAUUGUACUAAAAUUAAAUUUUAACAAAUUUACAUGCAAACAUACAUACACACGUUUGUUAGCAGAAAUCGCAAAUAUGUUUAAGAAAAGUUGCCUUACUUUUAUUUUCAUCGAAUCGACUGUUGCGUUGGGCCGUUAUCUUUUGUGCAAUGUUGAUUGAGAAUUAAACGAUGAACAAGCAGCAGUCAUAUGCACAUAUAUGUAUGUGCAUAUAUGUAUAGAAGCUAACGAAAAGUUGAAAGCUAAGUGGGCCUGAUCACUCCAACGAUUUCAAAGGUUUACCAUACUUUACUUUACUUACAAGAAAGUUCCGUAAAAUGCUCGUGUUCAUGAGCAGUUCUGGAAAAUUUGUCUAUUGCUUGAAAAUCAGUAAUAUUUUCUUUUUAUACUUAAUUAAUUACAGAAAGAAGGUUAAGCUGAAAUUGAAAUUAACUUGUGUGCCUUGAGAUUUUGUGUGACAUUAUUUAAAGUUCUUGCAAUUAAUGUUUAGAAAAUAAUACUUGCUUCUGAAAAUAUGUGCUUUUGAAACAUUGCUAGUACUUUCGCUUUCAACUGUCGUUUCUAGGCCCAUCCUGCAACACCUGCACGCUAUGAAGUCGGCGCGAAAUUCAGCGACUAAAAUAGGUUUUGUUGAAUUAUUAAAAACAAAAACAAAAUUAAUGUAAUUCAAAACAAAAAUUGUAUUCAAAAUUUUCCGCAUAUCUUGUUAUUCGAGAUUUGUAACAACAACCACAAACAGCGCUGAAUUAGUGUAGAUAUAUUUCAAAGUUAAAUUAAUAAAAGCAUUGCACAUACUUAGGAUUUACUUGGACGAUACUGUAAAUACAUAGGUACAUAUAUACAAUACUUACGCAUGUAAAAUAACAUUUAUGUAAUAUAUGAAUAGCAAAAUACACACAUACAUAGAACAUUGUACGAAGUAAGUUUAUAGAAAUUUACUGGAAAUAUUUAGUAUUAGACAACACACAAAUAUUACACACAUACACACAUAUAUACAUUUACUUAUAAAUAUAAAAAACCAAUCGUAUAUAAACUGUAUAUAAAACCAUACGUAACGUGGCAUGUGAAGGCGUGGGCACGUUAGCAAAACUUAGCUGAAGAUCGGUGCUUUUUGAACUGUUUCUAUUUGUACAAUUUUAAUGUAUUGUAUUAUUAUCGAAAACAAAAUAAUAAGUAAAUAUUGAAUUAAAUAUUUUUCCAAAAAACUUAAAUGGAGCCAAAUGGACAUAAGGAAGAUAUUUCAUAUAAUUACUGUUAAAAAUAUGUUAAAUAACUACUAUACAUUAAUAAAUAUUAAAAUAUGUACUGAUACAUUUAAUUGUCGAAUAGUAAAUAGUUUUAAUAUUAAGCUUAAUAUAUGCAUCAAAAUACGAAAUCAAACACUUAAACACGUUUGGCUUGUAAACACAUAAAAACUUUACUUAUACCAAAUUUUUGAAAACAUACUACAAAUACAAAAGAGAGUAUCGAAAAUACUAUAUUACAAUAUUUUCCAAAUUCUUAAAAUUAUUUGUUUUUUUCUUCAGUUCCCUGUUAUAUAGUUGGAUUUAUUAAUCAUUUAUUUUUUGUUGCUACUUUUAUUUUUAUUUAAUUUGGAUAUUUUUCCUUUUAUGUUUGAGCGAAUUCAAAAAUUUGUUUCAAACCCACACACAAACAUCAUACAACUGGAAAGAAACUAAGACAGUGCUUGCGCCUGUCAAUCAAUCGUUACGAAGAAAUCCUUUUUUAAACAAUGGACGUCUUUUAGUGGGAAAUAAUAAACGGCCGCUUGAAUUCUGUUAUUAUGCAGACAUCCCAGAAAUUUCAAAAUUCGAAGAAUGUAAGCAGAGCAUAAUGCUAAUUGUAUUACUUUGAAGCAGCCUGUGUGAAAAACUUCUAUUUUCUGAUACAAAAGGAUUUUUGUUAAUUUUCUCCAAUGUAAGUGAGACCUUCUCUGUUGUGGAAUUUUUAUGCUUCACAUUACGAAAACUCAGUCUUAUUCUGUGACAGUAAAUUUUAAUAAUUUUAGAAAUACUGUGGCUAUCAACAUGAAAGAAUAAAUACGAUUUUGAUUUUAUAUAGGUUUCUUUUUCAAUUAGACUCAGUGACAAUGCUCUGUAUUUCUUCUUCUGCGUUAAUCUUAUUUCCUGGUGUAGUUCCAUUUGGCUCGCAAUCACUAGCUUUAUUAGUUGUCUCUCUGCUUCGCAAAGUUUCGCUACUUAUUCAAACAAAAUGUAAACAGCAUCUUAGUUCUUUGCUUCAUUUUGCGACCAUUGGUGCCGAAACGAGGUAUCUAUUCAAUAGAUAAUCAGCAUUCUUAUGAAUGAUAUAGCCAAGUCAAUGUAGUUGUUGUAAACGCAUACUACUUACAAUGUUCAAGAUUCGUACAGCUCAGCAUUGAGUCUUCUCUGGUGUCCAAUAACGAUGCGCACAAAAUCAUAGAUCCAGCCCGGAAUAUCUUCCGAAAUUUUUAAGUAAUUUUAAAGAAAACUAAGAACCAUUAUAUUUAUGCCAUGAAAGUAGGAUUUUGUUCAAGUAACCUUGAUUUGGUUCUCAACAAUUAAGUACUCAAUCAAUUAAGUACUCAUUCAGUUGUUUAAGAAAAGCAAAAAUGGUCCAACAAACAUGAAAAACUCUACACCAUUUGUUUUAUAAGUUAGAAAGAAAGAUAUGGGAGUCAGCUUCUACCAUAACACCGUGCGACAGUAAAACCUAUCCGACCAAAUUUCAUGAACGUAACUCUUCAGGUUGGCGGCCGCCGUAGCCGAAUGGAUUGGUGCGUGAUCACCAUUCGGAAUUCACUGAGAGGUCGUUGGUUCGAAUCUCGGUGAAAGCAAAAUUAAUAAAAACAUUUUUCUAAUAGCGGUCGCCCCUCGGCAGGCAAUGGCAAACCUCCGAGUGUGUUUCUGCCAUGAAAAAGUUCCUCAUAAAAAUAUCUGCCGUUCGGAGUCGGCUUGAAACUGUAGGUCCCUCCAUUUGUGGAACAACAUCAAGACGCACACCACAAAUAGGAGGAGAAGCUCGGCCAAACACCUAACAGAAGUGUAGGCGCCAAUUAUUUAUUUAUUUCUUUUUUUAUUUAACUCUGCAGGUUUUAUAUAUGUAGUAAUGCUACGUUUUUCAUGUUCUCAUCAAUUUAAGCUUUUGAGGCACUUUAAAGUUUCAAAGAACCACAUUUUCAAAAAAUAGUUUCAAAUCUUUAUGCUCUUUCUGUGAUAUAAAUAUGGAUUUUAAACGAAAGGGAACAUAUCCAGCUAUUCAAUUUUGUUUUACUUUUCGCCAGGACAAAUAUUGUACAAUAAUGUUUCUCGAGCAAUUUAUUCUUCAAAUGUGCUUGAACUUUUCUAAUGAAUUAUUUUAUGCUAUGAAAUUUAUUGCUAUGAAAUAAAGUAUACGAAAUGGGUAUCCCUGCUAAAGGUUUUGCCUUUGAAAUUUCAAGGUACUUUAAAAAAUUUACUUGAUGAGAAAAUUGAAAACUGAGUAUACACUAUUAAUAUGAAAAACUAUGGUUGAAAAAUGAUCUUUGUACCCCGGUGUAAAUGGAUAUCUAAAUGAAAUAUUCAAUUAAAUAAGACGAGUGUAAUUGGCAAUCUAUCAUACAUGAAUUAACUUCGCUAUCAUCUAAGGAUCAAACAAGAAGUAGUUUUAGUUACUAAACUCUUGACAGACUCCCAUUCGGGUUACCCCAUUUUUGAAAUUUCAAUCAAAAUUAUAUUUUUGUGAACUUUAACUACUUUUCUGGUGCAUAAGAACUCAGCAAUUGUAGUAAUAAAUAAUAAAACGUAUUAUAGGCUAUAACUCCGUUGAUAGAUCCGGACUGCGGUAAUAAUUUUGUAAUUGUUCUACCACCGUCUAUAUUCUAUGCCUUCUAUUCGUCUAUUUUCAUAUGCCUUCAAAACGCACUUUCAACGGUUUAAAUCAACCUUUUUAUUACAUAGUUUUGAUCACUGCUCUGUCCUAAGUCUAUCAAGAGCGUGGUAGCAUUUCAAUAAUGCAUCACGCCAACUCGCUGCUUGCUGAAUUUUUUACCAAAUAGUACGAUUAAUUUCCAAUUGAAUAAAAAACGAUUGUUUUAGCGUCACGGAGUCAAUUUUUACGGACCACUGAAAAGAAUGUGAAACGUGCAGUAAUACCCGACCUAACCUGAUUAACCUGAAAACUGUUUUUCAAGCUUCUAAAAACAAAUCUAACAUGAAAUAGCUCGAUGGUGAAAUUGAGCUACACAUAAAGAAUUGGAUCGGCUAUUUUUGUGUAGGAAACUAUUAAACUUGAUUUAGUCAUUAGUACUUGACCUAAAAUAAUCGGAAUAAUAUGCCCUUUCAUAUUAUAAUACUUAAUCUAAUAGUCUUAUUUGACUAAUGAAUACAUCUUGCAAAGAAUAACUUUCAUUUUAGCGAUUUAAAGUGAUUGAAAUUCGAUUGAAAUAGUAAGUGGUUCAGAUUGCCAUUGUAACGAUUUGGAAAUUGCAGCACCUAAUUUCUUAAAAAUGAACACCCUCACCUUACAUCAAUAUUUUUGUCAUUUACACUUGCACACAUUUUCAACUUAAAGUCUUGUUUUUAAUUUCCCUUAAGCGCCCGAUCAAACUUCUAAACGGAACGUAAAAAUCAAUUCUUUUUCACAAAAUUUAUUUGGUCGGUUUUUCAUCGUACUUCUCAUCAAAGGCAAUACGAAUCUGCUAACGUUUUUUCAUUCUUUCAUAAACUUUUUCAUAUACCCUUUCCAGUAUCGGUUUCAGUGCUACCAGCGAAUUCGUUGCCCACCGUAGUCAAAUGAUGGUGUUUCUUGAUUUUUCGAAAAAAUUCAUAAUAUGCCACAGAGCGAAUCCUGAAUUCCAGAUAGAAGUUUGACUGAAUGCCAAGUCCAGUCAAUAAAUUAAAUUCCUCUCAACAUUUAAAAUCCUAAGCUCAACUUUUGAAUUUAUGGGAACUAUAAGAGUAAAAUUUAUACAAUAAUAAUUGUGAAGUAAACUCUGCGAUGAAAAAAUAAACACAAUAAAUAAGUGAGAAAGGUUACAUGAAUUUUCUAAAAAUAAAUUACUUAGUAAUAGCAACUAAAUUUAAGCUUACACUAUGAGGCUGAUUAAUUUAAGUAUUUAAGCGCUAAGCAAUAACUAUUGGAUUUACCUAGCUUCUACUAACACAUAUUUAUACACAUACAUACACACAUAAAUGCAUACGUAUAUACAAUAUUAGCAAUGUAAUUAGUUUUAAUUUAGUGUGAAAAUGUUUUAGUGUAAUCGAAAUGCAUAUAGCCGAGUGUGAUAGAAUGUAAGCAAAAAAUGUUGGCAAACAAUCACUGUAAGAAGAAAAACACCAAUUCGCGUUAGAUGCUGAAAACCCGUUAAGGAUAACUAUGCAUAAAUAGCCGUGCAUAUGUACGUAUACGUACUAUAUAUAGCUUAUAAUUGUAUGUAUGUAUCUAAAUUUGAUUUGUUUAUUUCCUACCGAAUUUAUUUGUUAGUUCUUUUUUAAAUUAUUUUUUGUAUUUAAUUAAACUGAAUUUCUUAUUGUGUUGAUCACUGUUUUAGGAGUGUACGUAUGUGUAUGUGAAUUUGAUACUGAAUAGCAUAAUAUUUACAAUAGAAAUAAAUGAUUUGCCUACAUU